CGUGUUAUGGUUCUUAACUAUAAUACUCGCACACAACCAAAACUUGUUGACAGAAAGUGCACUCGCGAGAAAAAUUGUACUCAGCUGUUUACGGAACACUACCUGUUAAUGAUGUCAUAGCGGCAACCGAAAAUUUCACUAGAGGUGCAUACUCAGCAUUAAACUUAUUUUGAUGUGGAGUUUGACGGUUGUUCACGUGAAAAGCCGAGUAGAGUACCAACCCUAUUAAGUCACCAACAUUAUUUUCAGAGAAUCAAUAAUUGAUAUAAAUAAUAGAAUAAUUUGUAAAAGAUUGAAACGAAGUGAUUUUUGUGUGUCUAAAUCAGUCUUUAUUAUGAGCGAUUGGGCUAAAUCACAGAAAAAUCAGACGAAUAAGAAUAUAGAGAAAAUGUCCGAUGACGCAUCUAAAUUUUUGGGUGGCAUUUUGGGCGACAUAAGUUCCAGGUCCGCAUAUGCACAGAUUGGUAUUGGAGCAGCUACAGGAUGGGCAACCGGCUUUGCUACAAUGAAAGUUGGCAAGUUUGCAGCUUUUGCCAUAGGAGGUGGAAUUAUACUAAUGGAGAUUGCCCAUCAGGAAGGUGUCAUUGAGAUUGACUGGUCAAAGAUAACUCGAAAACUAAACAAAGUUACCGACAAAGUUGAGGAAGCUGUUACCGGCCAAGAAAGAUCAUGGGUGGAUAAAGCAGAACGUAUGGUGGAUCGCAAAUUGGAUCUCGCCGAGGACUUGAUUAGAAAGAAAACUAAGAAAGCAAGAAAAUGGUAUAGUUCACUCAUUGGAGACGAGAAUGGACCGAAAAUAAAUGACCUACACAUCUUCCUAACUGCUUUCGUAGGAGGUGUUGCAUUGGGCAUUGCAAGUUCUUAAAUCAAGUAGUGAUCAGUAACUGGAUUAAUGUUACACGAUAAAUGUAUGUUGAAUUCAUUUGUUUUUCUCACACUUAUGUUUCCCCUUUUUCUACAUUAAUUUAUGAUUCUUAAUUUUAAAAUGAUAAUAUAUAUUUAUAUUCUAUGUUCGUACUAUUUUUAAAUUUUUAUUCUAAUAUAGUAUUAAAUUGCGUUAAAUAAAAGCGAAAUGAAAUUAAA